GCCACAGUAAGCGCGGAACGAAGCGACGAUAGACGCGAUUUCUCGUGCGAUACGCGAGCCGGACGCGAACAAUCAGUGAUUGCGCUGUUUUUAGUGCGGAAAUCGCGUGAAAAGUUGUUUGCUUUUGCUUUUUUUAAUUUGUUUACCAUGGCCGAAACGAAGCUGCACAUCGACAGUGAAUUAUUGAUAGCUGCCGUAUUUUUAAGGAAGGAGUUGUGGGAGCAAAGUUCGCGGAAUUACCGGAACCGAAUACUAGUUGACAGAAGUUGGAAGGAAAUUGCCGAGGAGUUCAAUGCAUGUGAAGACACAGUGAAGAAAAGGUGGAAAGCUUUGCGCGAUACGUAUGGCAAGGUGCUGAAAAAUCUGCCAGUGUCUAAAUCCGGCGAUGCAGGCGGUGAAAAUUUUGAUACAUCUUGGCCAUACUUCAAAUGCAUGCAUUUCUUGCGGGAGCAAAUGAAGCCGAGAAAAACAACAGGUAAUUUGGCAUCCCCGCAACCGAACGCAGUAGCGAGCGACACGGUAAUUGAUGAAGGUGAUGUGGAUGUCCACUACGAGGACAUCGAAAUACUGGACGAAGAAGCCCCUGGCUGGUUUGAAAUAUCUGAACCGUCAACAUAUUCAAAUUCCAAAGUCAGCGCACCAGCUCCUCACAAAAAGAAAAAACUGACGCGAAGCUCUCAAUCCACACGAUUGCUUGAGAUCGAGCAAAGGAAGUUAGAAUUGCUUGAGAAAAAGGCGUCAGGUGGUAGCAGUCGAGAUGAGGAUGAAGAUUUCUUUAACAGCCUGUUGCCGCAUGUGAAGAAGUUAAAUCCUGCUCAAAAGCUGCUCAUGCGUAUGGAGCUACAAUGCAAAUGGCUUUUGUGA